AUGGGCACGACGGGUUUGGGAGACAAUGUUAAAGAAGUUGAUGCGGAGCAUGUUCUGCAUAACAUAACAAACCCUGAAAUUGCGAUUCUUGCUGUUAAAUACUUCCAGAAGAAGAUUGAACCGGAGAGACAUGUUGUUCUUUACAAUGUGUUGUUUAAGCUUUUUAGAGAAAUUAAUGAUUUUGAAAAAGCAGAGAAGGUGUUUGAGGAAAUGCUGCAGAGAGGAGUCAAGCCUGAUGUUGUUACGUUUUCGACUUUGAUUAGGUGUGCUUCUGUUUGUUCUCUGCCUCACAAAUCCGUGGAGUUGUUUGAGAGGAUGCCUUCUUUUGGGUGUGAGCCGGAUCAUAAUGUGUCGUCGUCGAUGAUUUAUGUUUAUGCUCGCACAGGUAAUGUUGAUAUGGCUUUGAAAUUGUAUGAUGAUGCGAAAAAUGAGAAGUGGCCUGUUAGGGCAGUUGCAUUCUCUGCUUUGAUUAAGAUGUAUGUUUUUGUCGUUUUGAUUUUCAUAAAAGUUAAAAAAAAAUAUAUUAAUGGUUUUCUUUCAUUGAAACAGGGAUUACUUGCAAUACAACUUACAGCUGUAUUCAAGAAUCUGCAUCCACCAUCCUGUGCAAAGGAAAGUAGCACAUGCAUUGGACCAACAGCGGGACAAAUGACGUUUCUAUUUUCUGGGUUUUGCUUACUCUUGAUAGGUGCUGCAGGGAUUCGACCGUGUAAUUUAGCAUUCGGUGUUGAUCAAUUCAAUCCAAAAACAGAAUCAGGAAAGAAAGGAAUCAACAGUUUCUUCAAUUGGUAUUAUUUCACCUUCACUUUUGCUCAGAUGAUUUCUUUGUCAUUGAUUGUGUAUGUACAAUCAAGUGUGAGCUGGGCAAUUGGUCUUGGAAUUCCUGCUGCAUUGAUGUUGUUAGCUUGUGUGUUAUUUUUCAUGGGUGAUAAAUUGUAUGUUAAAGUAAAACCAAGUGGCAGUCCCAUCAAAAGUAUUGUACAAGUUUUAGUGGUUGCAGUCAAGAAAAGGAGAGUUAAACUACCUGCUCAGCAUCCAAUGCUUUCCCUCUUUGAUUAUGUGCCAUCCAAGUGCGAUUAUCCAAAGCUUCCUCACACAUAUCAAUUCAGGUAA